AUGGAGCCAUGUUUGGCGGUGGACGAAAUGAUGAUUCCUUUCAAGGGUAGGCACAGCCUGAAAGUCUACAUGCAGAAAAAACCAAGAAAAUGGGGCUACAAAGUAUGGACGCUAGCUGGUAGGUCAGGUUACGUGUACUGGUUCGAGCUGUAUGGUCACAACCUUGUCUCUGAGCCGGCGGACCUUCAUCAUGCAUUUGGCGAAAGUGGAAAGAUAGUGGUGCGUCUGACAGAAGGCUGCCAAGGAAAAGAAGUGUUCUGCGACAACUUCUUCGCGUCUGCUGAACUCCUUGCUGAAAUGAAACAGCGUGAUCUGGGAUGCACUUCAACUCUCAGAAGCGGGAGGACUGGUCGCUGUCCCCUGCAAAAUGAAAAGGAGCUCAAAACAAAUGGGCGAGGCUCAUUUGAUUUCCGCCACGAAAAAGACAGUGGAAAUGUGAUCUGUCAGUGGUAUGACAACCGAACUGUAACGAUUGGAUCAAACAAGCACAGUGUGAACCCUGUGGGGUCUUGUCGGAGGUAUGACCGAACGAAGAAAUCCUUCGUUGAUGUCCAGAGACCCAGCCUUGUGAAAGUCUACAACCAAAGUAUGGGUGGUGUAGACAGGGCAGACCAGCUGCUUGCCUUCUACAGGAACGACCUGAAGACGAAAAAAUGA